AAACGAAAACGUUCACAGAAUUACGAUUCACGAAGAAUCGUUUCGCCUAUAAAUCUUAUCUUUGUUCCACGCCCUCUUCUUCAAUGCCGUUUCUGUGAAAAUUCAAAGAACAGGGAGAGUGAGAAGAUUGGAGAAAAUGGCUAUUUCCCAUCUCUGUUCUUUUUCGCUUCAUCCUCUUUUUACCUCUUCCGUGGCGAAACUCCAACUUUUUCCUCCCCUUCGAGCAGCCCAGUUCACUUCGAGAUACGUUAAGGAGAAUAAUGACCGUAUGAGUAGUAGCACAAAUCGGGCUUGUUUUCGGAAGCGAGAUUUCUGUUGCGCGGUUCAUAUGACGUCUGGACAAUCUGGGGAGCCCGAGAAGCUGAAUUUCGAAAAUCUAAUCGACAAAGCAAAAAGCGUUUGGGAUAAUUCUCCACAGCCCAUCAAGGAUUUUCCAUGGGAUCGGGCCUUUGGGAACUUUAUCCAGAUUGUCCUUGAUCUUGUCAUAUCAGUCGUCAAGUACUUAUGUGUUCCUUUACUUGCAAUUUCUUCGGUCAGUGAGAUGUCGUAUUGUGCCCACGAGAGGAAACUAUCUUUAGUCCCGUUUCCGUUAGUCAUCGGUGUGGUUGUUGCUGGCAUUCUACGGGAAACUGCUUUGGAGAUCUCUCCCCGUCUUAAGGAUGCAGAAGUGCCAUGGCAUUUCAUCGCUAUUAUGAUAUUCUUUACGCUGCUUAAACUUCCGGGACCGUAUUAUCCGUACUGGGGACGGAUAUUGAUCCCGCAUUUUGCAAAUGGGGUACUGUGGAGAACACUUUGGUCUCUGUUCUUUUGGUAUAAAAGGCCUAGAAAUGCGGCGGGAAAUCCUCGGCAGAACAACAGUUCAUGACCGGCAGCUUCUCUGAAACGGCUGCUGUUCCUUUAGGAUCGAAGACUCAGGUCGGCUGAUAAUUUCAAGAGCUACCCGGAAAAGAAACCGAGUAGAUUCUUUGGACAACCCAGGAGUAAUCACAGAUCUUAUCUUUGAGCUAGGUAUAUCCAGUUUUUUUCCUAUGUUUCCUUGAACUUGAACAAAGUCUUAAAAAAAAGAAUUGUUUCUUAUUCUUAGGUAUAUAUAUAUAUAAGAAUAUAUAUAUAUUCAAAGACUUAAAAAGAAUUGUUUCCUAUGUAUGUAUUUUUGAGUUGGUACUCAAAGACUAUGUUCUUCGGCCA